CGAUAAAUACGCGUGAGUAAACCGUUACAUCAUUUAAUAACAUCACUUGUAUUCAAGUGUUGUUAUCUUCAUGAAAAAGUCCUGAAAAUUUUCAACCGAUAGAUGGUCAACUUAAGCGUUUCAUCAUGAAUGUGUAUAAAAACUGUAACAUACUCUCAAAAUGAUCAGAAAUCUUGGUACUCCUAAAAGAUGAUCGCUACACUUCUACUACCUUUCACGCUAUUUUUAAUAGCGUACUCGUUAUAUCUUUUCACCAGAAGAAAGUUCACGUAUUGGGAGAAAAGAAAAAUUCCGCACCUUCCGCCGACAGCGAUCGUGGGGAAUUAUUUAAAAUUCAUUACACAAAAGGAGAACUUAGCAGAAAAUACUCGGAAGCUAUGUGAACAAUUCCCGGAUGCGCCCCUCAUCGGCACUUACUUUGGAACGGAACCUGCUCUCAUCGUUCAAGACCCGGAACUGAUCAAGCUGGUCGGCACAAAAGACUUUCACAUAUUCAGUGGCCGUGAAUUGUCAGAAUUUUCUGACAAAGAAAUGAUAAUGCGCAACGUGUUCUCUAGCUACGGCGACAGAUGGAAGGCUCUACGUCAAAAUCUAUCUCCUAUUUUCUCUUCCUCUAAAAUGAAGAGCAUGUUCCCCUUGAUCGGUAAGUGUUCUUUCGUAUUCGAAGACAUGCUGGACCGGGAAAUUCAGAAAUCAAGUGUCCUGGAUGUUAGAACUAUUCUGGCAAGGUACACAAUGGAUUGUAUUUGUUCUUGUGCCUUUGGCGUGGAAACUCAGACAAUGGAAAAAACGGAAAAUAAUGUAUUCAAAACAAUGGGUGACCUUAUUCUAGCUUCCUCUACGUUCAAUGCUGCAAAGAACGUCCUUAGAACGAUUUGGCCGUCAAUCUUCUACGGCUUGGGAUUUAAGAUAUUUUCGAAGGAUGUUGAUAUUUUCUUUAAUAAUUUACUUACCAACAUUUUUAAAAAUCGUAAUUAUGAGCCUACAACCAGAAAUGACUUCAUUGAUUACUUAUUGAAGAUGAGGAAAACCAAUUUGGUUGGAGAUGGUCUGAAGAACUCAAAAUCAGAGACAGGAUCAAAAGUAAUUCUGGAGGUAGACGACGACUUUUUACUAGCACAAUGUAUUUUGUUUUUCGUCGCCGGCUUUGAAACGUCAUCGACUACGUUGACUUUUACAUUGUUUGAAUUGGCAAAGCACCCUGAAAAGCAGGCUAAGGCUAUCGAAGACGUGGAUGCAUACUUGCGUCGUCAUCAGAACAAAUUGGAGUACGAGUGUGUCGCGGAAGUACCUUACCUAGAGGCGUGCGUGGACGAGGCACUGCGCCUAUACCCGGUGCUGGGCGUGUUAACGCGUGAGCCGUUGGAGGACUAUGUGUUCCCGUCAGGCAUGAAGAUCGAAAAGGGAAUCCGAGUGCAUCUGCCACUAUGUAUGUUACAUAACAACCCUGACUACUUUCCCGACCCAAAAGAAUACCGCCCAGAGAGGUUCUACGGCGAAGAGAAACGAAAAAUUAAACCCCACACCUACAUGCCAUUCGGUGAAGGUCCUAGAACUUGCUUGGGAAUGAGAUUCGCUAGAAUGCAGAUGGCGGCUGGACUCAUAACCCUUUUAAAGAAAUAUAGAGUGGAGCUAGCGCCAGGAAUGAAGACGGUUCUAGAGUUUAAUCCUAGAUCCGACAUCACACAGCCGACUGAGGGAAUCAGAUUGAACUUUGUCGAACGAGAAGGAUGGCAAUCUAGACUUUUAGCAAAGUAAAAAAUAAUGACUAAGAAAAAACUAAAAAUAAAAAGAAUUAAAAUGCUUUAAAUGGCAAGAUCAACAGAAUAUUCAAACUAAAAUUUACUAAAUGUGUCUUUUUUACCAAACUAUUCUUUGCAAUAAGUUUUUGAUCCACCUUGGAUAAGGUGUAAAAUCAGAUUGCUUAAAAGGUUAUUAAUAGAAAAAAUGUGUUUUAAGCUUUCGAUUUAAAUUAUUGUAUACAAAUUGUAUUACAUUGUUCUAAAUUGCUCUAAAUCGUAUUAAAUUGUUGGUAGGCCU